AUGGUCAUUUCACUUCAACGUUUCCCUAACAAGGACAUAUCCUUAAGGCCAAGUUUUCCAUACGAUGAGGUAUUAGCAGAAGACAAAGAAGUCGCCGAUGUAACUCUCGAUGAUAUCUUAAAGGUCUCCAAGGAUUUUUGCACAACAUUUGUUGAGUUGAGUUCCCAUUCAUUGAUCAAGACCUUAAGAAGUGUCCUUCUUGACGACAAAAAAAUUCUCAAUGAUGCGCCCAGGAUCGAAGCACGUGAUUUGUAUCACGUUUUUGAAAAGCUCAUGUCAAUUUAUACCUCUAAUUCUAAAUCUGAAACUGUAACUGAAGAUGGUGCGUCUGACCUGGAGGUUGAAAAGAUCCAUUUGAAUCACUUGAUUCGAUUCCUUGAACAGGAAUUCGAUCAGACGAACAAAACUCGUAAAAGAAUGUUUGAACAGCGAGUAAUUUCAUAUGACAUGUUAUGGGUAUUUUAUACCCCGAAUUUGGACGUAUGGUACUUAACAGCCUUGCAUUCGAAAACCAUUGUUCGUAGUCGAUGUGAUAUGUCUGGUCAGCAAAUCGGUGGUAUCAUUUCCUCGAUAGACGACCAACUUGAAAUUGUUGACCAUGAACUUAAAAGGGUGUUUACUAUAAAAUUAAGGCCAUCGACUGCGACGGGAGAAGUUUGCUUCUCUGAUUUACCCGUCGUUCCAUUCAAAUUUUCUAAAACAAUCGCAUUCCUCGAGAACGCUAUUAUUGAAAAUGGUAAACGUUUUUUCGACCUUGCCUUAGGAAGCAACUUUAUGAAUUAUGAGGGCCCGUUAUUACGCUGGCGAAAGGUUAACAAUUGCAUGCAGUUGGAGAAGAUUAGAGCCAAUGGUCGUGUCAUGAUUGAUCUCGAAAGUUUUUCAAUCAUGAAUCCCAACUAUAAGAUGGGAAAUGCUCUACCACCAAACAAAUGUGACAUUGAGUUACUCGGAGAAAAAGGUGUCUAUCUCAAUGAGGAUGAAAUUCAUCAGAAAGCUAAUUACCUACUCGCACCUGCGUUAGUAUACGGGUUCAGCUUUGCGUUAAAGGAAUGGGGUCAAUUCGAGGGCUUGAAAUUUUCGGAGAUUAGUUUUGACAAGGAGGCGUUCAGUCAUCUGGUGAUGUCCGAUAAUAGAAAAGAAAUCCUUGAUGGGUUAGUAAGACAGCAUUUUGUACCCACAGAGAUGUCCAAUGGAGGUGUAGUGACUUCUUACACAAAACCUCUCGAUCCCAUUACCAAUAAAGGCAAUGGCUGUAUCUUUCUAUGCUACGGGUCACCUGGAACUGGGAAAACAUUAACGGCUGAAAGUGUAGCCGAAUUUCUCAAAAGGCCAUUAUGGAUGCUCAGCGCACACGAACUUGGGAUGGAACCUGCCGAGUAUGCAGUCCUCCUACUUGAUGAAGCUGAUAUUUACCUUGAAAAACGUAACACAACUGAUUUAAAACGUAAUGCGAUGGUUGGUGUAUUUUUACGUCGCUUGGAAUAUUAUCGAGGCAUUCUCUUCUUGACGACAAAUCGCGUCAUGUCAUUUGAUGAUGCGUUCUGCUCACGAAUUAAUAUGUUCUUCCAUUACCCCAAAUUCAAUUCGGAAGAAAGACGCAAUAUAUGGACAAAUUUCAUCAGGAAAGGCAAUUUCCCCCUUUGUGCAGAUGAUUUUGUUGAAUAUGAUUUGAACGAUCGUGAAAUCCGCAAUGUCCUUCAAACCGCGCAAACGUUGGCCAAAAGUCAAGGACAGGACUUUACCGUAGGUCAUGUUAUCAAAGUCAUCAAGACUGUCCAGGGAUUCCAAAAAGAAAUGGAUGAAAUCCGAAGAAAUGAUGUUAAAUAG